AGAGACAGACAGACCGUGUCAGCAUCAGCAACUAGAGCAGCCGUGUCUCUCAGGCUUAAGGAGGAAGAGAUCCGGCUGCUUUUGUGGAUUACAGGAGCAUCAGUAAGUCGGGUUGGACUGGAAGGAGUUUUGACUCAUCUCUUUUUCCUUUCAAUCUGUCUUGUUUCAUCUUCCAGCUGUUACUGUGUCCGUUACUCUUCCUACUAAGUGCUGUAUCAUCUAAGAUCAUUCAGAGGAGAUGCAUGGGGUGCUAGCUGUUAGCAGUGUUGGUUGCUGAAAGAGAGAGGCACAGGAGAAGAGAGGAGGAUGCCGGCCCCCCUCAGGAUGAGGAGGAGGGGGGCCUGCAGGUCAGCUAUCCCGUCUCUCUCCACCAUCGCUGAGGAAGAAGAGGGACAGCGGAGCUGCAAGAGACAAGGGAAAGGAGGAGGCUCUGACUACCUUCUUAGAGCAGAUGAGAAGUCGUCAUGGAGUCAGCCAGACUCCUCUGCGUCUGGACAGUACACCUACACCAUUCCCAGCCCUACAGACAUACACAUCGUUACCAGACCAGAGCCUCUCACGCUGAAGAUCGAUGAAAGGCAGAGACUCGCCCGUGAACGAAGGGAGGAGCUGGAGAAGCAGAAUGCUGUACGGGAUUCCAAGUGGAUUGAGAGAGAGGAGAGAUCCAGACAGUUUCAUGAGAGACAGCUGGAAGAGCGCAGGAAAAAGCUUGAUGAGCAGCGGGAUAAAGAAGAUAGGAGACGUGCUGCUGUGGAGGAGAACGACGGCAGAAACUGGAGGAGGAGAAGGUCCGGAAUGAGGCUGUUAUCAGGAGGACCAUGGAGAGGAGUCAGAGAGUCAGGCCGAAGUCCAACGCUGGAGCUGGGGUGGAACAAUCUCUACUAG